AUAGCACUUUUCCGAACCGAUUAUGCUGGUCGUGGUGAGCUCGCUGAACGACAACAAAAGUUGAAUAUUAUGCUCAAUAGAUUAACAAAAAUAUCAGAGGAAUUUAAUGUAGCCGUUUAUAUUACGAAUCAGGUUCAAGCUGACCCAGGUAGUAACAUGAUGUUUGUAAGUGACCCACGCAAACCUAUUGGCGGUCAUGUACUUGCUCACGCAUCAACUAUACGUCUUUACCUUCGUAAAGGUCGUGGAGAUGAACGUAUUGCAAAGAUCUAUGAUUCACCUGAUAUGCCAGAGGCAGAAGCACGUAAGUCGAUAGAAUUUUUAAUAAGCUCCAUGUUUGAUUAUAUAUAUAUAUAUAUAUAUUAA